GUAGUUGGUAGUUCGGAGUCGCGACAGCCACGUCGUUGUCGGCGCGGCGCGCCGGCCAAUAUAGCGCGCGACACCGCCCGCCCGCCGCCCCGCUGGCGCCCGAGAGCCCAGUCCCGUCCGCGCCGCCGAGCCGCGCGCUAGUGCCGCGCGACCAUCCUGUUCGCACUGCAAGUCUCUGACCACUGAAACCGACCGUUUAUGACAUUCGACAACCCCGCCCUGUGUCAGUGCAUUUUCCCGAGACGCAUUGCGUUUCGAACACGAGAGAGCGCUGCUCCAAACCGAACCGUGUUGGGAUUUGUGGCUGCGUUUAUUUAUGUUGUCGUUUUGGUGUGGUGAAUAUUGUGUUAUACGGACGAAAACCGUAUUAUCUGUGCUAUAGUUUGUGGAUAUUUUUAACAAUCGGUGGCAUAUUCACGAAGAGCUAGUGGUGCGCGGUUCCGGAUGGUGGGGCGCGCGAUGCGCUGCUAGUCACGAUGGUGGGCGUGGGCGUCGCGGAGGGCGGCGGCGGGCCCGGGCCCGCGGAGCCCUACUACGGCGAGUACGGCUACCCCGAGCCGUACUACGUGCCCGAGAUGUGCCCGCACCCGCAGCACCCCCAGCACGCGCAUAUGUGCACCGUGCACGCCGAAUACGGCGGGAUGCCGGUGGUGACGUCGGCGACUAUGAUGCCGCCCAUGCUGCCGCCGGUGCUGGACGAAAACAUGCGCCACUACCUGGUGCACCAACAUCCCCACCAGCACCCGCACCACCAGCCCCACCACCAGCCGCACCACCAGCCGCACCACCAACCGCCGCCGCAUUACGGUCCAGCGAAUGGUGCGGGUGGUCCCCAGCAUUUCUACGGGCCCGGCUACCCCGCUCACUUCCACCAUGUCCCACCGCACCACAUGCAGCACUCCCCACCACCGCCCGUCUACCAGAAGGAUGAGCGAACGCAGAGGAUGCACUCCAAGCUCAAACAAAAACUGGAGCGCAAACAGACCAAUAGAAAUAAUGGUAUAGUUCCAGAAGCUCUCUCCGGCGGCAGCACGCCGUCGCUGUCCCCGCGCAAGGAGCUGAACGGGCGCGGCGCGGGCAGCGGCAGCGGCAGCGGCGGCGCGUCGUCCGGCGCCUGGUCCGAGGGCGAGGGCUCCUCGGCCGGCGCCUCCGUGCAAGGCGAUGAUGAUGACACGCAGGCGCUGCUAGACCUACUCUCCGCUACGCGCACGCCGCAGGUCAGCGAUAUGACCCCUACGAGCGCGCUAGUGCAAUGGAACUCGCCGCUCCCGGAGGGCGUGACGCUGCCCAAUGUGGAGCUCACCUACGACCUGCUGCUCGGCGACCGCGGCCGCUACAAGGCCAUCUACAGCGGGCCCUCGCUCUCGUGCCGCGUGCGCGACCUGCGGCCGGGCUGCGAGUACUCGGUGUGCCUGCAGAUCCGCGCGGGGCAGGCCACGGGCGGCGCCAGCGACGCCGUCACCUUCCGCGCGCCGCCCGCGCCGCCCGAGCGCCCGCCGCCGCCGCGCGCCACGCAGCGCGCCAAGACCUCGCUGCUGCUGCGCUGGCAACAGGCGCAGGACAACGGCGCGCGGCUGACGCACUACAUUCUCGAGAUGGACGACGGGCAGGGCUGGCGCGAGGUGUCGCGGCCGCGCACCCGGCAGCACACGGCCGGCAACCUGCGGCCGCAGACGCGCUACGCCUUCCGCGUGGCCGCCGUGAACGAGUGCGGCCGCGGCGACUACAGCGACGAGUGCGUGGCCUGGACCGCCGGCGCGCCGCCCUCCGCGCCCGCGCCGCCCGCGCUCGCCGCCGCCGCCGCGCAGGCGCUCGCGCUCGCCUGGGAGCCGCGCAAGGGCGACGAGCUCUACACGCUGCAGCUCGACGACCCCGCGCAGGGCUACGGCUUCCGCCCCGCCUACCACGGCGAGCACCACGAGCACACGUGCGCCGACCUGCGCCGCGCCACCGAGUACCGCUUCCGGCUGUGCGCGCAGACCGACGACGGCCAGGGGCCCUGGUCGCCCGAGGUCGCGUACCGCACGCUCGCCGAGCGGCCCGCGGCGCCGGGCCGGCCGCAGCCGCGCGGCAAGGUGCUGCCGCGCACCUUCCGCCUGCGCUGGGAGCCGCCCGCCGACGACGGCGGCGCGCCCGUCACCGAGUACACGCUCGAGCUCGACGGCGGCGACGGCUACCGGCGCGCCUACUGCGGCCCCGAGCGCGAGGCGCACUGCGACCGCCUGCAGCCCGGCACGCCGUACCGCGCGCGCGUCUGCUGCGCCAACGAGGCCGGCGAGAGCGCGUGGUCCGCCGCCGAGACCGUCACCACCGAGGCCACCGCGCCCGGCGCGCCCGCAGCCCCCGAGCCGGCGGCGCCCGUGCGCGCCACGGCCGUGGCGGUGCGGUGGCGCGCGCCCGACUGCACCGGCGGCGCGCCGCUCACCGAGUACCGCGCCGAGCUCGCCGAGCCCGAGGGCGUGCGCCUCGCCUACGCCGGUCUCAAGCCCGAGUGCGACGUGCGCGACCUGGCGCCCGGCCGCUCCUACCGGCUCACCGUCACCGCCGUUAACCGCGUGGGCGCCGGCCCGCCGUCCGCGCCGCUCGACUUCACCACCGCGGCGGCGCCGCCCGACGCGCCGGAUACGCCGACGGCCGAGAUACUCUCCCCGCGCUCCGCCCGCCUAGAGUGGACCGCGCCACGAGACAACGGCGCCCCCGUGCUCGACUACCGAUUAGAGAUGAGCGCGGCGAGCGCCGACGAGGCGGCGUACGCCGAGGUGUACCGCGGCCCCGAAACGAGCUGCGUCGUGGACACCCUGGUGCCGUUCUCGCCGUACCUGUUCCGCGUGUGCGCGACCAACGCGGCCGGACGGGGCGCGUGGUCGGCGCCGCGGGACGCGCUCACGCCGCGCGCGGCGCCCGGCCCGCCCGGCACGCCGCGCCACGAGGCCGGCGCCGACAGCCUGCGCCUCCACUGGAGGCCGCCCGCCGACCACGGCGCCCCCGUGCUCAAGUACCGCGUGCAGGUGGACGACGACGCGUUCGAGACCGAGGGCCCGGCGGCCGAGCGGCUGGUGGAGGGGCUCGCGCCCGACACCGUGUACCGCGUGCGCGUGGCCGCCUUCAACGAGCUCGGGCUGGGCGCCUGGAGCGAGGAGGCGCGCGCGGGCACGCGGCCGCCGCCGCCGUCGCCGCCGGCGCUGCGGCUGGCGCAGGCGGCGCACAACUACCUGCGGCUGGAGUGGGCCGCCGGCGGCGGCGAGGGCGCGCACUACUGCGUGGAGAUGCGCGCGGCGGACGCGCGCGAGUUCCGCCCGGUGUACCGCGGCUCGGCGCGCGGCUGCAAGGCGAAGAAGCUGAAGGAGGCGAGCGAGUACUGGUUCCGGAUCCGCUGCUCGGACGAGCGCGGCGGGCGCGGCGGCUGGGGCGAGCCGCUGUGCGCGCGCACGCCGGCCGCGCCGCCGCCGGCGCCGCGGGCUCCGGCGCUGUCGCUGCCCGCGCCGCGCCAGGCGCUCGCCGUGUGGGACGCGCUCGACGCGCACGACGCCGCGCCCACCACCUACGUGCUGCAGUGUGCGAGGGGGAAGGAUGCCAUAUUCAAACAGGUGUACUCGGGCUGCGAGCCGCAGUGCCAGCUGGAGGCGCUGGAGUACGGCGGCGAGUACGCGGUGCGCGUGUGCGCGGUGCGCGGCGGGCUGGCCAGCGCGUGGUCGCCGGCCGCGCGCCUGGCCGUGCCCGCGCCGCCGCCGCCGCAGCGCCCGCGCCGCGCGCGCACCACCAGAGCCUUCUCCUCGCGACAGGUGGCGUGGCUGAUGGCGGGCGCGUUCCUGCUGCUGGGCGUGCUGGUGGCGGUGCUGGUGCAGCAGCUGGUGGAGCCGCGGCCGUGACGCGCGCUGGCGGCGGCGCCCACGCGCGCGCUCGCCACCAUCUAACCGCCUCACCCGCCACCACUGUGCAAUUAUCCAUCUAUACCCUAUCCAGAGACGAGACGUUGUAGUUGAAUUCCGAAUUGUUUAUUAUGUAAAUGACUCGCCCGGCUCUAGUAAUCGGCCUAGCGACUCGCGGUUCGUGGCUUCACGAGUGUAUAAAAUAUUUUAUGCGUAAAUGUUGCAGUCACCGACGUAUAAUUUUAAUGGCAGCGUAUCAUGAUAUCAUAAUUGUCUCUUGUAUGUUGUAAUUGUAAACUUUCACAAAAUCUAUAUCUAGUCUAUGCUUUGAACUUGCUGUUUAUGUUCUAUAAAUUAACUGAUAUCUAUUUUAUCACGUUUCAAUAUACAUGUAGUGAAAUAUUCUUUUAAAUAUUGAAUGAAAUGUACUUCCAAUAUUUACUAGUCUUCUGACUGUAAUUAUGUUUUCCAAAUAUUUAAUGAUAUUUUUAUAAAAUAUUAAAUCGGUCUGUUGCAUGUUUUAUCAGAUUUAGUAUAGCAACCAAGGUGCUCUAUUAUUAUUAACAUUCUGUUGAGAGGGACAUGGCCCCUCGCUCUGCAACGAGUUUCCAGUGUGUGUGCUGUGAUCACUUCCUUAUGCGAAUGAGACUGAUUUUAAAUAAAUGCUUUCUUUCUAUAGACACGUUUUGAAUGAUGGCUUUCAUAAUAUCGGUCCGUAGCCGCGCCCGCGCUCGCGUCGGCGUCGGCGCGAGCGACGAGCGGCGCCCGUGACGUCACAGUCCGAUCAUGUACUCCGAAUGCUUAUUUGAUAACAUUCAUAUAAUCGUAUUGUAUCGACGAUAGUUAAUUUUAACAUUUUAUAUCAUAGGACAUGAACUUUUAUUAAUCAUUAAUUCAUUAUAUUAUGUAAAUUAGAGUUAUUUGUAUAAUUUUAAAUUUAGCGAUUACGAAUUAUUGAGAUUGUUACCACCCGGUAUAAUGGAGUAGGGAGUUGUUAAAUUCGACCUAAUUUGUAAGAAUUAAGUUCCAAAUAUGACAAAGAAAUAAUUAUGUAAUCAUCACUAAAUAUUGAUGUUCUUGCUACUAAUAGUUCAUUAUCAUUACAGUAUUAGAGAAUUUUUAAGCUAUUUUACUAUGGCCUUCGAUCGAUGAUUUCUAUAGAUAAGCGAAAUAUAUCUUUUAUUGUAUUGAGUCGUUCAGAAACAUUAGAAUUAAAAUGAAUAGUGCAUUAUGACUUUACAUUACAUGUUUAUACUUGGAUGUUUCUUAGUAUCAUUGUUCACUAUUGAUGUUAUCAGAAAAGAAGUUCUUUACGGACUAUCGGCUAUUCUUAUACAUGACAUUCGUUGGGCGUUGUCCGAUGGCCGGCGAAUACACACUCGACUAUUUUCUCACACAAGAAACGUACUACGUGUAACAUAAGAGUAUGCAAUGUAGGCCCCGUGUGUCGUAUGUGAUGUAUUAGUAUAAAAACACUCGCCUGAGAAGAAUGACUUGGCGUUCGUUUGUCGCCGGCGGUCGGACAGCCGCCUGCGUGCGCAGCAGCGGCCGCUUGCACUGGUUUGUACGACUUUACCGUGACGCACCAAUAGGCUUAAUAAACAUAAAUAUAAUAUUUCGUAAAUAUAUGAUAUUUACCUCUUCUGUGAUUAGCGUAUCUUUUCUUGUUAAAUCUUCGUUGUUAUCCGAUACAUUCCUAUAUUUUACUUUCAGUUUCAUAGACGAUGUCGGCGAGGAAUAUUCACUUGUGCCUCAUUUUGUAAGGCGUUGUUUGAAAGGUAAGCACAGCUUACGACAUUAUAAAAAAUAUUAAUUUUUGAAAUGUUUAUCAUAAUAGUGUGCAAUUAACUAUUUAUUUAUUCUGUAUCGCUUAAUAUAAUAUUUAUUUUUUAGAAAUUAUAUAGAGUUUCUACAUAUAGUGUGGUCUAAUUACGAAGGGAAAAUUCGAUGUUCCUAAAUAAGUUAACAUUUGCACAAUACACGGACUCGGCUCGACUGUGUCGCAGCUCGCAGCAAGCAUUCCAACUUGUUCCACUUGUAAAUAGGCCUAACCUCGUCUUGUGUCGUUGUACAUUGCGCUCCACUCCUCACAUGUAAAUAUAUCUGAUGUUAUGAAUCAUGAGCUUCACGUAAGGGCAUGUUUAGGUACUGAACAUGUAUGCCAAUGGAAAUUACUACACUGUAUUGAGACUAAACGUUUUAAAAUAAUGAAAUGAAUAUAUUAAAUUAAAUAACGGGGAUAACAUCUCAUAUUGUAUUUGUGUUUGAAUUAGUAACGUAUAACGAAAUGUAUAUGUUUAUAAUGUAAUAUUUGAUGACGUUAUGUAUACAAUUUAUUAAACAUGAAUAUAUCAAUAAAACUAUAUUUUGUGUAC